AUGGUUAGGUAUCAUUCAGACACAGAAUCAGAUUCAUAUCGUUAUGAUGACAGUAAUUCAUCAGAAGAAUCAAAUACAGAUUUAGAAAUGCCUGAGUUUGAUCAGAAGAGUGCUACCCAAAUUGCAGAGUAUCUGGAUUCCAAGAUGAAUAAUACCAAAAAGAGGUCCAUCUCAGUUAAUACGAGCGUUAACGGAAAUCAAAACAACAAUAACAACAACAACCAACAACCAAACACAAAUACUUAUCAAAGUCCAGCAGCAGAAAAGAUAUGGACUCCACUGUCACAGUCUACACCAGCAGAGAUUUCGUCUACAAAAGUACAACCAAGAGAUAUAAUAAAGGCCAAAUCAAGACUGUCCAAUCUGGCAGUUUCUGCAGAUCUAAGUGAUUCAAUAAACGAUGCUUCUGAUGAAUCAGAUGGCUCAAAUGAAAAAAUGUCUCAAGAUACAAGUUUUCAGGAUACACCUUUAAAGUCAAGCAAGAAAAAAUCAUCUCCAAACGUCCAAAUUCAAUCCAAUCCAAUCCAAGUUUCGAAUCCAACUCCAAACUAUGAUAAAGAAAUAAAAGAAUUAAAAGAGUUAAGAGAUUUAAAGAACUACAUUUCAAAAUUACCAAAUGGCUUCUCAAUUUUGGAUGAAUUCAACUCACAUCAAGAAGAAGUGACCUAUGGUAUUUAUAAAGUGAACAGUAUUGAUGAGAAAGACGUGCAAAUUGGUAAUUUGAAGGCACAAGUUGAUGAAUUUGAAAGAAAAAGCAAAGGAUCAAAUGAAGAAAUAGAACUUUAUAAAGAUUCAAAUAAUAGAUUAAAAGAAGAAAUUGAUUUAAUAACAAAAUCAAACGAAAAUUUGAAGAAAGAUAUAGAUUUUAAAGCUAAAACAAAUAUAGAUUUGAAGAAAGAUUUAGACAAUUCAACAGAGAAACUGAAAAACUUAAAACUAUCAAAUGAGAAACUCGAAAGAGAGUUGAUGGAUAUUCAGCUAAAACUCAAGUCGGUACUAGGUGAUCUUGAAGAAGCCGCUAUAGAGUCAAAAUAUCCAUCACUCAAGGAAACAGAAUCCAAUGGAAAAACUGUUCAAGAAUACCUUGAAAUUGACCAAAUUAAUGAUUUGAAUCUUUCAAAAUCACACAGACUUCUUAAAAAUAUAUUGAUUAACUUGGAAAUUCCAUUAUCUCAAGCUCAUAUUAUGAUUCCAAAAAUUGCAAACCUCUUACAAAGUGAAGAUAUAUUGUUAAAUUUUGCCAACAGGGUACAUUUGUUAUUAUACAAUAAAAAGCUCAAUAUGAGUAAGUUUCAACGGAAGAAAGAAGGUGGUCAACACUUACACCAAUGUACCACCAGUAUGUUUGAAAAUAUUGAGCUGAUGUCAAGAGUAUUGGGUGAUCAGGGCUUUUAG